CCGCUAGGUCGCGCCCAUUCAUUCAAGUGUGAAGACAGUCUGUGAGCGUUAGUGAAGGAGGAGUUACUUAACUUUUGUUCACUAAGAGCUUGGGCCAGAGGCAAAGCAAAGCAGUGACUACUUUUGCAGGAGUAUUUAGAGAUGAGCCUGGGGGCCAAACAUGGGGUACACCUUGCAAGAAAGGCUCUACAGGGAAGACAGGACUGGGGAAUGGGAGCCAGAGGUGGAGCAGUGGAGAUAAUGAGUAGAGCACCCAAAGACAUCAUCUCCCUGGCUCCUGGAUCUCCGAACCCGAAAGUGUUCCCCUUUAAGUCAGCUGUCUUCACUGUGGAGAACGGAAGCACCAUCCGGUUUGAAGGAGAGAUGUUUCAAAGGGCCCUCCAAUAUUCCUCAAGCUAUGGAAUUCCAGAACUUCUGUCCUGGCUAAAACAGUUGCAAAUAAAAUUGCAUAAUCCUCCGACUGUCAACUACUCACCCAACGAAGGACAGAUGGACCUCUGCAUCACAUCUGGCUGUCAAGACGGUCUCUGUAAGGUGUUUGAAAUGCUCAUCAAUCCUGGAGACACUGUUCUGGUCAAUGAACCACUGUAUUCAGGAGCCCUUUUUGCAAUGAAACCACUGGGCUGCAAUUUUAUUAGUGUCCCCAGUGAUGACUGUGGGAUUAUUCCAGAGGGUCUCAAAAAAGUACUUUCCCAGUGGAAACCAGAAGAUUCCAAGGAUCCCACAAAAAGGACUCCAAAAUUUCUGUAUACUAUUCCGAAUGGCAACAACCCUACAGGCAACUCGUUGACUGGUGACCGCAAGAAAGAAAUCUAUGAGCUUGCAAGAAAAUAUGACUUCCUCAUAAUAGAAGACGAUCCUUACUAUUUUCUCCAGUUCACCAAGCCUUGGGAACCAACCUUUCUCUCCAUGGAUGUUGAUGGGAGAGUUAUCAGAGCUGACUCCCUUUCAAAAGUUAUCUCCUCAGGGCUGAGAGUGGGGUUUAUAACUGGCCCCAAGUCCUUGAUACAGAGGAUUGUUCUCCACACACAAAUCUCAUCACUGCAUCCCUGUACUUUAUCACAGCUCAUGAUAUCGGAGCUUCUAUACCAGUGGGGAGAAGAGGGUUUCCUGGCCCAUGUUGACAGAGCUAUUGAUUUCUACAAGAACCAGAGGGAUUUUAUAUUGGCAGCUGCAGACAAGUGGUUACGUGGUUUGGCAGAGUGGCAUGUUCCCAAAGCUGGCAUGUUUCUAUGGAUUAAAGUUAACGGAAUCUCUGAUGCAAAAAAACUAAUUGAAGAAAAGGCUAUUGAAAGAGAGAUCUUGUUAGUUCCUGGAAAUAGUUUCUUCGUCGAUAAUUCAGCCCCCUCCUCCUUCUUCAGAGCAUCCUUCUCUCAGGUUACUCCAGCGCAGAUGGACUUAGUCUUCCAGAGAUUGGCCCAACUCAUAAAAGACGUUUCAUAAAGAAAUCAAACUCAGCAUUGAACUUAUAAUUUUAAAAUAAAUUUCCUAUACUUUGCUGAAGAAAUGGCUGACAGGAUGGAUCCAGUUUGUGAAAUAUCUGUGGCAAUUUCACUGAACAACUUUGAAGCCCCUUAAAAUCCACCGCAUUGCCAAAAUAACUUUCUGAUAUACUUUUGCCCUUUGAUUAAUUAUGAACUAACAAAACAUCAAAUUUCAUUGUUAAAGACCUCUGUAGCUGCUUAAUAAUGUCCAAUAAAUUUUUUUGAGCCUAACAUAGACUAACUAACAUAGUAAAUUGCAAGGGAAUUAGUUAAAAUGGCCUAUAAUAUGCAGGUUUUUUUCUACUUUAAGGAAAUUUCAUGAGCAUUUACUGCAAAAAUUGUUGUAAUUUGACAAUUAUAAAUUACUUUGUAACCGAA